AUGCCUCGCUUCGACGACUCUGACUUCGGUGUCGAACCCGCCCCCGCGGAUGCUUCCUCCAAGGCCCCUCAGGGUGCGGAGGCCCUCUCUCCCCGAGCUGGCUCUGGGGCUACUCUCCCCAUCCCUUCAGAUCCUAACUCCAAGACUAUCGAGAUCCCCGCCACCAGAAGCUCCAUCAGCGAUGCUGCCCAGUACAUGCACAACCUGAGCCUGGGUCCGUCCAUGAAGGACCGUCGUGGCUCUCGCAACUCCUUUGGCACCUCUCUUCCCAUCCCGAGAUCCCCUCGUGUCUCUAGGCUGUCCUCCGUCUACAAGGCUGGCUCUCCCUCCGUUACCCGCGACCUCCUGGCCUCUCAGGUCCAGGAUAUGUCCAAGGAGAAAGUCGAGGCUGCCAAGAACAUGUCCUUUGUCUUUGACAUCGACGGUGUCCUGGCUCACGGCAAUGAGCCCAUUGAACAGGCCAAGGAGGCUCUCAAGAUGCUUAACGGUGACAACGAACUCGGUAUCAAGAUCCCUUACAUCCUCUUGACCAACGGUGGCGGUAAGACCGAAGCUGCCCGCUGCGAGCAACUCUCCGAGAUCCUUGAGGUCCCCAUCUCCACCGACCAGUUCAUCCAGUCCCACACCCCCAUGCAGGCGUUGUCCGAGUACUAUGAGACCGUCCUCGUCUGCGGUGGAGAGGGCUACACCGUCCGCGAGGCCGCUGAGAACUACGGCUUCAAGAAUGUCAUUCACCCCAAGGAUAUCCUUGCCUGGGAUCCUACCAUCUCUCCCUGGAGGUGCUUCACUCCCGAGGACCGCGCUGGCGCCCGCCCUCGUGACUUCAAGAACCUCAAGUUUGAUGCCAUCCUCGUCUUCGCCGACUCUCGUGACUACGCCACCGAUAUGCAGCUCAUCAUCGAUCUCUUGCUGUCGGAGAACGGCCGCCUGGGUACCAGGGCCAAGGACCCUAUCUCCAGCCGUAUCCCCAUCUACUUCUCCCAUGGUGAUCUAGUCUUCCCCACCGACUACAAGGGUCCUCCUCGUCUGACCCAGGGUGCUUUCCGUAUCGGUGUCGAGGCCAUGUACAAGGUCCUCACCGGUGUCGACCUGGAGCGUGUCGUGUAUGGCAAGCCCGAACGUGCCACCUACACCUUUGCCGACGAAGUGCUCAAAUCCUGGAUGGACGAGAUUCACAACGAGCACAAGCUGCCCAAGAACAUUUACAUGAUCGGUGACAACCCGGCUUCCGACAUUGUCGGUGGUAACAUGUACGGAUGGAACACCUGCCUGGUCCGCACCGGUGUCUUCCAGGGCAAGGAGGGUGAGAACGACCGCGAGAACCCAGCCAACUUUGGUGUGUUCGAUAACGUCCUCGAGGCCGUUAAGGCCGCCAUCCGCAAGGAACUCGGUGACGAAUUCAAGUUCAAGUGGAACCCGAAGAUUAACCCUGUGACUCACGGCGAGGAUGCGUCUGCCAUUGAGUAG